AUGACAGGGAUACCCAUUUAUAAUGUCAACAAUGCUUGCUCCACGGGGUCCUCGGCUUUGCUACUGGCCAAACAGCUGGUGGAGGGAGGCUCAGCCGACUGUGUCAUGGCUCUGGGCUUUGAGAAAAUGGAGAGGGGUUCACUAAUGCCCAAGUACACAGACCGCACCAGUCCAAUGGACAGACACGUGGAUGUUCUUGCCAACACUCACGGCAUUGCAGCUGCCCCCAUCACACCCCAGAUGUUUGCCAGCGCUGGAAAAGAGCAUAUGCAGAAAUAUGGAACGACAGCAGAGCACAUGGCCAAGAUUGCUUGGAAGAACCACAAACACUCUGUCAACAACCCAAACUCGCAGUUCCGGAAGGAGUACAGCCUGGACGAGAUCAGGAGCUCUCGAAUGGUUCAUGAGCCACUUACAAUGCUCCAGUGCUGCCCCACGAGUGAUGGAAGUGCGUGUGCCAUCUUGUGCAGCGAGGAGUUUGCCAAGAAGCACGGGCUCACCGACAAGGCCGUGGAGAUUCUGGCCAUCGAGAUGGCGACUGAUCUUCCCAGCACAUUCAGCGAACGGAGUUGCAUGAAAAUGGUCGGUUAUGACAUGACGCGGAUGGCGUCGGACAAGGCGUACAAGAAGGCGGGGCUGUGUCCGAGAGAUGUACAGGUUGUGGAACUACACGACUGUUUUUCUGCCAACGAACUCAUCAGCUACGAGGCUUUGGGACUUUGCCAGGAGGGUAGAGCCGGUGAGAUGGUGGAUCACGGAAACAACACGUAUGGAGGGAAAUAUGUGGUGAACCCCAGCGGGGGUCUAAUUUCCAAGGGGCACCCUCUGGGGGCCACGGGACUGGCCCAGUGUGCCGAGCUGUGCUGGCAGCUGCGUGGAGAGGCGGGGAAGAGACAGGUCCCUGGAGCCAAGGUGGGACUCCAGCAUAACAUCGGGCUAGGAGGAGCCGUCGUUGUCGCUCUCUACCGACUUGGAUACCCCUCAACCAGGUCUGCCGUGGGUAUGGCGCCCGCUGGCGGCUCCUCGCUCCAGUGUGAUCCCGUCUUCGACCUCAUCGCCGAGAAAGUGAAGGAGGAGGGGGCGUCAAUGGUGAAGAAGAUAAAGGGAAGCUUUCUGUUCAAGAUCAAGGGUUCCGAUGGCAAAGUGUACGAGUGGCUGGUGGACCUCAAGUCUCCUCCGGGCAGUGUCACCAAGGGAACCGGGCUAAAAGGAAACUGUACCAUCGCCAUGACAGACUCUAAUUUCAUGGAUCUUGUCACAGGGAAGAUAGGAGCACAGAAGGCGUUUUUUGAGGGAAAGUUGAAGAUAUCAGGAAACACUGCUCUGGCUCUCAAGCUACAGACUGUCAUGCCCAAACCGGGGCAGGCAAAGUUGUAGAUAGAGACCGUGAACAAAACGAUAGAUUUAUAUAGUUAUUAUGGUGAAACAGUGUGAUUUGUACAGAAAACGAUUUCGCCUAUAAUUUGACAUCGAGUCAAUGCAUGGAGAGGCGGUCAUUGUUUGCGUGAUAUUACAGGAAAACAAUGUCCCUAAUUAUUGACAAUCCAUGAACUGGCUACUGUUUGGGUAUGUGGACGUGAAUACGAUGCCAGGCAUUUGACAGGCAGCCUCUCAAGUUCCAGAUGGGACCGGUGCUCUCUGGUUGAACGUUGUACGAUCUGUCCACGGCCUUGCAGACGAGUUCGACUCUCCCUUCCCUGGACUCUGGUAGGGGGACACUCGUCUCCCACAACACCCAGGCCCACGCCCGAUUGUACGGCUGGUCGGCCCCGGCAAUUAUCUCUGCAGUGUGCCACGAGCUUCCUCCAUCGGCGGAGACGUCGACCCUCACCACUCCUCUCCCUCCUCCGCUCCACGCAAUCCCUCGUAGAGUGACCUCCGAUGUCUCCCCACUGGACUCUGUGAGGAUACUCUCAUCAGCUGGCGAGGUAAUGAACGAAGUAACAGGCAGUUCUUGUAUAGCGGGGGCGGUUGAAAAAUCCACAUUGUUCCAGUCAGUCGACGGAGAAAAUCCCUUAUAGUCGUUUUUCUGCCAGAAGCCACUGUACUCGUCUUUGCUGGCCACAACACUGGCGAGCCAUUUGACGUUCCUUGCCCCUACUACUCCAGGUACAAUAGCUCUCACUGGGUAUCCAUGAUCCGGUGGAAUAUCCACUCCAUUCAUCUCGUAAGCCAGCAAGCAGUCCCCUGAUGGGCUCAAGGCUUUCGACGCAGGUAUAGAUCCUCCAUAGCGCUCACCUGUGAGGGGAUUAUUGUCCAGGCCCUCCAGAUGAACAUGCUCUAUCUUAUCCUCUCGUACUCCGGCGUGAAGCAAAACAUCGCGGAGUCGAGCGCCGGACCACUCAGCUGUACCGAUAGCUCCACCAGUCCAGGGGAUUCCCCUCACUGGCUUGACUCUGUUUAGCUCCACACGUCUAUUACCAGCACACUGAAUCGUCGCGGUGACCGUGUGUCGGGGAAACUCUGUCUUGAGGUCUUCCAGACUCAGAGAUAGCGGGGUUUUCACUCCCUCCCCCUUUACCUCCAGUCUAUAGCUCUCCGGAUUGACUCUAGGGACUGGGAGGUGGUUCCUCACGUAGAAAAUAUCGUUGGGUGUUGCGAAAUUCUCCGCAAGAAGAACCGACGGAGUUUCGGCAUUGAAGGGGGUUUGCGUGUUGACUUUGAGGACGGGGGAGCGUUGGGGGUCGCUUGCGUAGGGGCCCGAAUUGGGAGGACCCUGCUGGAUUACCUUGUUUCUCUCCGCAGGGGCAAUGUUCCCAAUACGCAGUUCCUCUAAGAUCUCUCUCACUUCCUCUGUGUUGUGAUUUGCAAACACGGCCCAGUAGGGCUCCAGCGCGGAGCCCGCGGCGAGGGAGAUCUUCUCCGCCCCCCCAGGAUGGAGGCUAAGAAAGUCCGUAAUGUCGUAGACGCCGUGUCCGUAGGUAACCCACACUCUUCCUCCGCCUUCUUCCCCUCCCGAUCGCUUCUUGAUCUCGGCGAGAGUGUACUCUGGCAACCCAGGGACCACCUCCCCGGCUUUUACCCCAUGCUGUUCGUUACAAUCCACCGACCAGGACGAUAGGGUAGCAGUCCUGAAGAAAUGUCUGUAGAGAUAGUACGAGCCACCUCCCAGGCCUAUCCCCCCGACUGCAGCAGCAGCCAGCGAUAUGAGCUGUUUCUGACGCCGCUGGGAUCCGCGUGUCCAUGCUGAGCGUGUGGAAACGGCUCUGGAGAACGCCCUGAGGCUCCCAAAGAAACGAGCCAUGAUCUCUCGACCUUGA